UCUCUCUAUCUUCCUUUCCACAUUUCUCUCUCUCUCCUCUUGCAUCUCUCUCUCUCUCUCUCUCUCUCUCUCUCUCUCUCGUCUCUCUAUAUCCCAAUAUCUGAGAGACUUGGAGAACAAGUUCAAAUGGGGAAUAUGUGCUUCUGAUUUUUAAAAACAAUCCAUGGAUGGUAGAGAAGAAAAGCUAAAGACCACCGAUCGUAGCAACAGCAUGGCAAAUUCGGCAGUUUUCUCCGACGAGAUUCCGACCAACUUUCCUUCAUUUUCCGGCAUAUUCGACCUGCCAUCUUCGUGCGAAGAUCAAAAGGGUUCUCUUGGAGGGUUCAUGGACUUGCUCGGAAUCCCAGACUACGCUCCUUCUCUAUUCGAUUUCCCUCAAACUACGUCGUCGCUCAUGAUGAUGCCACCUCACCACAAUCAGCAAGAAUCACUUCCCUCUCCAGCAUCUACUUCUACAGUAGUAGCGCUGCCGGAGAGGGAGAGUGCUACUACUACCAAUACAACCUCGGAGGUUUUGAACAGCAGUACGGCUCCGACAACGCCGAACUCGUCUUCGAUCUCUUCGUCGUCGAAUGAAGCUGGGGCGAAUAAUAAUGAGGGCCAAAUGACAAAAGUGCAGGAAGAGGAAGCCGAUGAGCAAGAUCCAGAGAAAACCCAGAAGCAAUUGAAACCGAAAAAGAAGAACCAAAAAAGGCAGAGGGAGCCGAGAUUUGCGUUCAUGACAAAGAGUGAGGUUGAUAACCUAGAUGAUGGCUACCGAUGGCGAAAAUACGGCCAAAAAGCUGUCAAAAAUAGCCCUUAUCCCAGGAGCUAUUAUCGUUGCACCACUGCGGGCUGUGGUGUGAAGAAGAGGGUGGAGAGGUCGUCCGACGACCCGUCCACUGUGGUCACCACAUACGAAGGCCAACACACGCAUCCAAGUCCCAUUACACCGCGUGGCACAAUGGGAAUUGCACCACUGCCGCAUCAGUCUACUGGGUUUAUAUCUGCUGCGGAGGCGUCAUCAAAUCCCUUUGGUGUUCAGCAGUGUUUACCUCAUCAUCAUCACUAUCAACAACAGCAGCAACAUCAAUAUGCUUAUAUGUAUCAAUCCUCCCCUUCUUUGAAUAUCAGCUCUUCCACCUACGGUGGUGGUGCUGGCGGCGGUCCUUUUAAUCCCUCCUCAUUUUCUACUAGUUUACUUCAAGAGAGAUAUAAUUUUGAAGGACCCCCUUCUUCUUCUUCGGCUACCAAUUUUCUUAGAGACCAUGGACUUCUUCAGGAUAUCGUGCCGCAGAUUCGAAAGGAGCCCAAAGAAGAAGAUCAUCAUCAUCAACAUCAAUAGAAUGGAUCAUAAUAUUGAUUAUUGUUUUAUGUGUUAAUUGCUGCCAUGGUAUUUAAUUCGAUCUCUAACUGAAUAGCUAGCUAGUGUACCUUCAGAUUCUCAGUCGUAUGUGCUUGAACUUUUAAUGUUAUUCUUUGGACUUAGAGAGAGAUUUAUAUCGUCGUGGAGAUAUUACUUUAAUUUAUUAUAUAUUUAUAUGCUUUUGUACAUAA